AUGUCAGACUUCCUUCGCAGGGCAUCCGACGCGUUCCACAACCGCCAGCGUCAAGACUCGACCGGCUCGAACGCCUCAAUGGAUGAAACCGCGUCUCCCAAUGCUGCAAAGCCUCCCCAGCAAGAGCCAAUCACCCAAAAGACAGAAUCUGUGCAGCCCGACUCCCACCCUCAAGAUCCUGUUGCUGGAACGGCAACCAAUGCUGCUGACCAUCCAAUGAAGCACCGCCGCCAUUGGGGUUGGGGGUUUCAAUCUGGACAACACCCCGAAGCAAAGCAGCAACCCAGCCAACAGCAACCCAGCCAACCGCAGAAAGAAAACAAUGACUGGAUUUUUGGAUCGUAG